AUGAAGUUUAUCGUUACAGCUCUCGUCCUUUCGUUGGUUGGUACCUCCGUAGCCGAUACUCGACUGAACCGAAGGCGAUUCGGACAACAGAACCCACCUGUGGAAGGAAAGAUUGGACAGCUUCAAGCCCUAAAGAAUGGUCUGGCUGGUACUCUCUCUGGACAAGUUCCCUCCACGCUUCUCGGUGCCGCGGACCCAUGUGCUAAACUCCAACUGGCCGACACCAUCGUCCAAGCCGCUCCUGGUGACGCAGCUACUCUGGCAGCCGCAAGGGAACUCGUCAACGCCGAACAAAACUUUAACCCCGCCAACAACGGCAAACCCAAGUUCUGUGGAAACCCCAAUCUCCCUGCUACAAAAGAACUGCGAGGAAUCCUCCCCAAGAUUUCGGAAGUGGACAACCUCCAGGGUGCAGCGGCGUUCAAUCAGAUAUCGUCCAAAAGUCUGGCGGAUGCCCUUGCCGGCAAUGUAAAGAAUGUCGAUGGCAAGAGUGUAGCAGAUCAGAUUGUCGAGGCUGGCUUUACGGACUUUGCGGGCGCCCCUGUUGCUGGAAACAACAAUAACGAACAACCAGAACAAGACAAACAACGGCAACCAGAACAACCAGAACAAGAACAACGGCAACCAGAACAACCAGAACAAGAACAACCAAAACAACGGGAAUAACCAGAACAACCAGAACAAGAAC